CCCCCCGCCUCCUGCUCCUGGCUGACAGACUUGCAGCCACUUCCCAUCUCAACUGCGCCGCUGGGCCUACACCUCGAGUGGCAGUGCAGCUUGCUCUAGUAGUCCGCAGAUUCGACUUUCAAUCUCUACCUAAUGCUUUGCAACCCUCCUACGCUACACUCACGAUUACUCUGCGUGCUUGAACUUUCGGUCGGAGCCACAGGGAUGGCAGGAAACUAUGGCAACUAAAGAUCCAUCUCCGAUCGUCGACGUGUUCAUCUGGGCUUCGGCCGGUACCACUUCUGCAUGUUCCGGAUUUGGCCCGAAAUCCUCCCUUCACCACAACCCUACCGCUCCCUCCAACUCCUCAGGGUCCCGUCCGGGAUUUCCGCACGAAUCUCACCACCCGACCGGCCCUCCCUUGUCGUUCAGCAUUCGUGCGCGCAGGCAGCGGCAGCGGGCGGCCUUUUCCUGCGGAGACUGGGUAAGCGCAGGGCUGUGCCACGGGCGGUGGGGAGACGCGGCGGCGGAGGAUAAUUCCGCGCACGAUGGGGGAGCCAGUGUUCCGCGCGAGUAUGCUGACCCCUUUCUUCCACGCGGAGAUCGCGGAACAACGGCAGGCGGAAUCGGGCAGAGAAAGGAUGUAGCGGAAGACAGUCGCGACCACUAUGCGAAGGCGGCGCCACGGGUUGAUGAUAGCGCCGUUGAAUCCAGCCAAGCGUCACGGGAUGAGGCGCGAGUCGGUGCUCAAAUUCCGGCCAGCGCGAUUCGUCUUAUGGAAGAGAUCGCGCUAGGGGAUGGACGGGUCACUCCAAGCGCGCCCGAUGAGCGCGAAGAAGCAGGCCGCGCGAGUGCUUGCGAAGCGGUGUGUGCGCCGGGCGAGGAUUGUGCUAUGGAGUGCGAGCAAGCGAAGGCGGUCAAGGCCCGCACUUCCUCGUCGCAAUCCUCUAACUUGACGGCGACAAAUGCGACGGCUGCGACGGUCGCGAUGGCCGCGACAGCUGCGACGGCUGCGAUGGCUGCGACGGGUGUGAGCGCUUCAAACGCUGUUGCAGCGUCAGGCGAUGAAGCAGGGCGCGGCAGCAGUAGCAGGAGCAGCAGCAGCAGCAACAGCACAGUAAUUGCUCCCUCCUCGUCUCCCUCUUCCCCUCCGCCUGUCCUCCGCGCGCCCUGCGCCUCCACUGCGCAGCUGCCGCUUGCGGAAGAUGCGGGUGGAGCGCAUGGGAGGGAAUCAGAUGCGCAAGGUGCGGAAGGUACGGCGGUGCUACGUGAUGCGUGGACGGCGCUGGAGGGGGGAGACAGAGGGGGCAGGGCAGGGCACGAGGGGGAGUGGGGGGGGGGAUUGGUGGAAGGGGAAGCGGGGGAUGUGGUAUGGUGUGAGUUUGGAGCUGUGUGGGUGGCGGAGGAGGGAGAGGAGAGGAGGGUGAGGAGGAAAGAGGAGAUGCCGGUGGGGAGGAGAGAGGAGAGGCGGAGAAGCAUACUGGAAGGGGCAGCGGCAAGGGGGGCGGACGAGGAGGAGGAGAGGGAGAUAAUGGUGCUUGUUGGGAGGAGAAAGCGGAGGCAUGAGGGUGAACAAGGGUGCACUGUCGGGGAGCUCAGGCACGUGGCCGUGCUGCAGCAAGCGGCGCAUGGAGAGGCAAGGAGGCCGUGCGGGGGCGCGGAGGAGGAUCAGCCACACCCUGUGAAGCAUGCGAGAAGCAAGAGGGUGAAGGUUGCACAUAGGUUCUUCCGACCACAGCAGUUGCUCUCUGAGAAAUACCGGAAAGCAGACUUGCGGAUCCAGGUGGGCGGCGAACCGGCAAGCAUGGGCAUGGGCGAGGGAAGGCGCAGUGGGGCAGGGGCAAGUGGGGCGGGAGACGGAGGGGAGGAUGAUGAUGUGGUGGAGGUGCCAGUAUGGGGGGGUGAGGAUGGCCGGAGAGGGAAAGCGGCAGCAGUGGGCAGUGGAGAAUGGGGGAAGGAGGGGCAUGCAGCAGUGGUUGGGGAAAGGGAGAGCCGACAAGGGGCGAUGGGCGACGCAGUGAGCGGUGAACCUCUUGGGCAUACGAGGGAAAAAGGCGCAUGCACGGCGGGGGGAGAGCGACAGCAGCUGAGGGCGGAUGAGCCAUGUGGGUCUUGCACAGCUGGCAGCAGUGCUGAGGGCACUGCAGGAGGCACUGCUGCUGUGGUAAGUGCAGGCAGCAGCGCUGUCAGUCCCAGUGGGAGUGGGAGCGGGAUAAGGCACGAGCCGGAUGGGACGCUAGAUGACCCUCUGGUCCGUGCGGCCCACAGGCUGAGUGGGUCUCCCACGCACUUUCAGCUGCCAGAGGCGCUGAUGCAGGGACUGGGGGCAAGGAGGAGGGGAGGCAGCGGGGAGUGGUGCGCGGAGGGGGUGAGGAGUGCAGGAAGGAGAUACGCGGGGGGGUUGCGUGGUAGGGGGACAUGUGGGAGGGGACGUCGUGCAGUGGGGAGGAGGAGGAGAGGAUCAGGAUGGGUUUGUGAGGGAGAGGGAGACAAGUGCGGGGAUGUGGGUGGAGUGGUGGUUGAGAGAAAAGACAACGAGGAGGUGGAGGAGGGGGGGGAGGGGGAGGAGGGAUCAGAGAGAUGUGAGGGGGAGGAGGAGGAAGAGCAGUUCGGAGAGGGAGAGGAGAGUGGGAACGAGGGAGAAGAGGAGGAAGAGGAAGAGGAAAUGAUGGUGAUGGAAGUGAGUGUUCUCUCAGAUGAUGAUGCUGGGGAGGACAGGGAGCAAGCGGAGGAGCAAGAAGUGCGUGAGGUGGGGAGGGAGGAGGUCGAGAACGAGGACGAGGAGGAGGAGGAGGAUGAUGUGGUGGAGGUGGGGAUGGUGGUGACGAGGACAGCAGCAAAGAGCCGCCAGCAGCAGCAGCAGACGAAGAAGAGGGUGGAGGCAGAAAUGAUAGUGAAGGAGCAUGAUGCACCAAAACAAUCUGUUGCACUCAAGGAGUCGAGCACAGUCGAGAGUGAUGAGCAAUGGGAGGAUGAUGUGGAUGUGGAUGUGGUGCAGACUCUAGCUGGGGAGGGUAGGAAGGCUGUGCAAGAGGGCGGGCUGGGGUUUAGGUCCAGGAAGAGGCAGCGGGAGGGUGAGAAGAUGGGGACUCAUAGUAUGCUAGGAGGCAGGCGAAAGAGGUGGGGGAGGGAGGCGGGAGUAUGCUAGUAAGUGAGGGAUGCUGUGGACCAGGUGAGAGGAAGCAGUGAUGGCGAGGAGAAGUGGGAAAGAAGGCACUGGUACAGGGGAAGCUACAGCAGGUGGAACUAUGCAGGUUCGUUGUUUAUUUUGUUUUUGAAGUCUAAGGAGCAGUCAUUUUCCACAAUGUUAUGACAUAAUGAUUGAUUUCUUAGGUGGACCAGGAAAACUGCCUGUUGCACUUGAUUGACAUUGACUCAUUUCUAGGCUUGUGGCCCAAACAUCACAUCUGCUGACAUCUUUUGCCUCGGGAGGUUGACCCUCCAGUACGGAGAAGGAUGCACCACCACAAUUCUUUGAGCUUCUCAUGCUGCCAGACUUUAUUUUGUUGGGCUGAGAAAAGCCCUUAGGAUCUUUCCAGAGACUAAGUCCCGGUUGUAGAAUGAGACUUGAGUAGUGCAGCGGAAGUUGAGGCAGUUGAACCCUUGUACUAGUAUAUGAGAACAAGUGAU